AUGAUACGAACCACUGACUUCAGAAGCCGCUUCGUUAUCCUCGCCUUACUCGUGUUCGCCAUCUUCGGAUUUCUGCUCUACCAAGCACCUUUCAGCCACCUGUCACUUACGACACCACAUGAGCAGCAACGGGAUAACACAAGCGGCGCAGUACUCACGGGACAUGCGAUCGCACCAAAAUUAGGAAACGCGACUGCAAAGGCAGAACUUGGUCGCGCGGCAUGGAAAGUCCUGCACACGACAUUUGCUCGCUUUCCCGAAAAGCCUACAGAUGAGGAGAAGGAAGCGCUCCGGUCAUACGUACACCUGUUCCAGCGCUUGUAUCCCUGUGGAGAAUGCGCUGAACACUUUGGACAAAUCCUUGCCAAAUACCCACCCCAGGUAUCUUCACGAACCGCAGCAGCGAUGUGGGGUUGUCUCAUUCACAACAAAGGUCCGUUUACAAACGUGUCCUGGCUUUAUACUCAGGCCUCCAACAACUGA